GCAGUCCAGCCAGUCCAGUCCCGUCCAAGUCCAGUCCCGUCCCGCCCAAGUCAGCGCCGAACCAACUCCAGGUCAGGUCCCGCUCUCACCCGACUCUUCCUUGGAAUUUCAGGAAUCAAGAGUGCAAUAACAAGAAAGAAGAAUAAGAAAGACAAGGACGAGGGACAAGGGGAAAGGGGAAAGGCACCACCCGCUCCAUCCACCUUUCCGCAUUCCAACUGUUUCUCUUUGCCACACACACACAUUCUCUCUCUCCCUCUCUCCGUAUUUGACGUUGUCAUCUGUCUCCGUCCCUUCCCGCCUCUCGUCCACCAAGUCCUUAGCUGGAACCAGCCUCGACCCGUUCGGCCCUUGUCUCCAAGACGUUAGGACCGGGACGUUGCCAUUCCACCGCCUUGCAGCCAAAGAGCCGAACCCGCAACUCCUCCAUACACCCUACUGUUCCUACCUACAUACCGCACGCACACUACGGACACCCAACACUUCAUUGCCUCCUCCUCUUCCUCCUCCGUCCUUCCUCUCCCCUCCCCACCCCGUCCUAGCCUGUAGCCCCCUCGUCACUCGAGAGGUCUCCAAGAAUCUCUAAGAACGACGCUUUCGCCUUACUGUCAACCACGUUUUGACUCGACCGCCCCUCCGACUGUGCGACGCUCAGCUAACCAUCCCUCCCUCUCAAAAACUUUCCAUCAUUCUCCCAAUCCGUCGAGGCACAACCAAUCUGUGGCCCGGGCACGCUACCUAUUCGCUUCUCUACUUCCACGCCUAAAACCAAAAAAAGGGAAGGGAAAGGAGACAUAGCGACUACCGCGGCGCGCGCUACAGACUGCCUAACCUAAGUAAUUGCAGAGCCGCCCCCCCCCCCCCCCCCCCCCCGAGUACUUCCUCACUACGCCUCCUACUGCUUUCCGUCGGGCCUCCUCCUUGCCCUCGAACCACCGUUCAGAAACCUUGGACCUCUCCCCCCCCCCCGUCCUAUCAUUGCCGCUGUCCACUUCAACUGCUCGACAAACCUUGCGGCCGCCCUACCUCGUGGGUUCAUCCUUUCUCCGGCUUCACUCGAUCCGUUCGAUGUCAAGCCAGUACCUGCGACCUCCGUUUCAACCCCUCUGCGCAUUAAUCGACAACUAAUCGUACGACCUUCACCUGCCUGACUGGCCGGCGAGGUUUGGUGAGCUUUCCAACGUACUGGAUCGAACCACGAUGCCUCUUCUCGCGCCGCCCUGACUUGAUCAUUCUUUUUCCUGUUCUUUCUUUCUCUUUCUCUUCCGACCCCCCUGCCCGCCAUGGCUUCGCUCGCCGGCCAGACGAGCUCGACGCCUGAAAUGGCCCCUUCAACGAGUGCACUGCCAUCACCCGAAGACGACGAGGCAGAAUACCUCGCCCAGGUCCUGUGCACUCCGUCGUCGCAAAGGUCAGAAGCCGCUAUCGAGGAGGAGUUGGUCGCAAGAGCAAAUGCACUGGGUAUCUCCAUGUCGAGAUUGUCACCCGAGAAGCGCAACACCUCGAGCGCCGAAUCCCAGACUUCCACCAUCGCGACACAGCAUGUCCGUUCCUUCUCGACCGCCUCGCGCGACUCCGCCAGUACCACCCUCACCUCUCACCCGUCUCUGCACGCAAUACCCAUCGCCGCCGAUGCACCUCCGCAUUCUCUCGCCAGGAAACGUUCCAAGAGCCUUGGUUUCUCGCAAUACGACAAAUAUCUGUCACAGAUAGAUCCCAACAUACACCAGCCUAAAAUCCAAAAGGCAUCCCCGUCCCUCGUCCACGACACGUCGACGCACAGCUUGUUCAGUGUGACAUCCCGGAGGAGCUAUUUCAGCAUCAAAGAGGGCAUCCGGAAGAUACGACGCAGGAGGAAGUCCGGGAUACUGGAGUCGACCAUUUCUUGCAUAUGCUGCCGUGACGAUUUCAACAGGACGAGCGUCCUGCAUAGCCUGCCUUGCGGCCACACGUACUGCGCUGAAUGUCUCGGCAUAGUGAUUCAGCAGUCGACGACUGACGAAUCCAAGAUGCCGCCGCGAUGCUGCACGCAGCCGAUCCCGGGCUCCAUCAUUCAGAAGAUCCUCGAUCGGGAGGAGCAGCACGUUUUCCUAAAAGCAGUUUUGCAAUUCAGCACGCCUUGGGAAGCUAGGAUCUUUUGCCCAAACACAGCCUGCGGUGAAUUUAUCCCCCCUCGCAACCGAAUCGACCCCAAGCACCCUUUCGACGUGGUGUGUCGCAAAUGCCGGGCACGAGUCUGCGUGAUGUGCAAACGCAAUGCCCAUCCUGUUGGCAAGGAUUGUCCGUCCGAUUGGGAAUUGGAAGCCGUGCUAAAGAUGGGCGAGAAAUCGGGCUGGCGAAGGUGCUACAAGUGCCGGACAUUGGUUGAGUUGAGCCAAGGCUGCACACACAUGACCUGCAGAUGCAAGGCCCAAUUUUGCUACAUCUGCGGAGCCAUCUGGGAUCCAUCCGUGGGCUGUCCCAACUUCUGCAACGGCGACGAAGAAUUGGAAAGAAGGAGGGUGGAAGAAGAGGCUAGGAACGCCGAACUCGAGGCAGAAAAGGCUGCUCAAGAAGCUGCCGCUGCCGCCGAAGCCGCCGAAAAGAUCGAGGCCGAAGGUCGUACCCGAGUCAGCCCGCAGUUUGCCAGGUUGCAGGGUGAAAUGUGCGAAGAGCUGGUCCGAUUCCGCAAUUAUACGAGGAAGAUGAAAUGGGUCAUGUGGACACGGCAAGCCGAGAGAAAGCAGGCACUUGCCGAUAGGUAUUCGGACCAAAUCGACAAGAUGAAGGAACGCCACGCGAAGACAGCCGCCCACUUGGAGGAGCGUCAGAUCGAAGCCGAGAUGGAUCUGAGGUCAACCCUUGACCAAAGCGAGAAGAGCGUCAAGAUUCGACUGAAGCAUAUGGAGGCCUACUGUGACGGGCUUGGUCGCACCUCGAAUUCCGACCUGCCGCCCAGAGUCGUGACGGAGAGGGAUCUUCGCCUACUGGGGCAACAGUACAACGUGCGAGACGGCAUGGAGCGUUUGCACCAGGCGAAAAUCAACGUCUUGCGAGACCGGCAGACCAAACGCAUGGAAGAACUUUUGGAACGGCAGGAGCACGAGCUCGAGAGACUGACCGACAGGAAGGAACAGGACAUAGAGAACCUGGCAACGGAUUUUGCACAGGAAGAAGAUACCCUGGUCAAGAUUAUCAAUGACCGCAAACAGAGGCUGCAACGACGUUGGCUGAUGGCGAUCGAAAUCCUACGGAAGGAGCUCGAGGACCAAACUGGAGAUAAAUACGCGUCUCCCGUACUGCCAGCGUGGCCCGACGACAACGAGACGCAGGACGAGAUCCUGGCAUCACUGCCCAACUCUCCUGCAAGCGAGGACUAAUUUAGCUGCCGCCGACCCAGGUCGACGCUUGCCUCCAAUUCUCACGGCAUCACUUGCAACCAUAUUGCCUUUGGCUUCACGCGUUUCGCGCACAGAUACCUAGGAUGACGGUGUUUAUAAGGAGUUUGGAGGGACAUACCAGGCAUGGAUACCACUCAUUGGGAUUUUACAUCUGCACUAGCAGCAUUUUUUGGUAGAGAGGUUUGCUCAAACCGUCAAGCUGAAGAGCUUUUGACCUGUCCCGGGCUCGUUUUCACGAUUACGAACGGAGAACGGACAGGUGGCAGCAUCUCAAGACAAAACGCGAGCGGAUCAUAUAGUGCUGGCUAGUAGCGAACGCGAUGGAGACCAGAUACGAAUGGACGAUUUAUUCUGACA